AUUAAAGACAGUUGAUGCAAAGUCGCUUGGAAAUCGAUUUUGUGCACUUUAUGAUGAAGUUGGUUUUACAAAUUCACACAUUAGAUCACUUUAUUUCGUGUGGAUCUAGUUGCACAGUUUGUGCUACUAAAAAGUUGUGGUUUGCCGGUGAAAGUUGAUUAUCUGAGUCUUACAUGCUUUGAUGUUUUUCUUUUGUGUGCAGCCAUGUUUAAAGAGUGAACUGUCCUAUUUUCCAGUGACGUAAAGGUGUCUCACCGCGACUGAACAGCAGUGUUAUUAAACCGUUAUCAGAUUACUCUCCUUCCAGAAUGUUCCUUCUUUGUUCCAGCAUGAGCUGGGCCAUUGUUAUCUAUUUGGUUGUGUUGUCUCCGCCUCUCCUGCUUCAUCCUGCAGGGAUUGCCACACCAAUCAGAGAAGUGCGCACAGGAUUAGCUCUUCAGAUUGAAAUGGCCAGCUCCAAAACCUGGUUAAUCCUGCCAUCUGUCAGAGAGCAGCUCAGCAGACAGGUAGUGAGCUAAUUAGAAAGCCUGAAGAACACAAAGCUCAAGAAGAGACAUCAGCAAAAUACAUUUGUGUGCACUACUGCAGACAAUGGAGGAGACGUACCUGCUCAACCAUCCAGGAGUGAAAAAGAAGAUUCUCGCUGGAGGAACCGGGCCGCUGCCACACUUUCCACCUGGCACGAAGUUGGUGUUCCAUUUCCAGACACUACGGGACAAUUUUGAACGGACGGUCAUCGAUGACAGCCGAUUGGCGGGACGGCCGGCUGAAAUCUUUGUGGGAAAAAUGUUCAAAAUGGAAGUUUGGGAGACGCUGCUGACAUCCAUGAGGAUUGGCGAGGUGGCUGAGUUCUGGUGUGAUGCCGUUCACACUGGUCUGUAUCCUAUCGUGUCAAAGGGAAUGCGACUUAUCGCCCAGGGGAGAGACCCCCUUGAGGGCCAGAGGCACAUGUGUGGCAUGGGGAACCUGUUCCACUACCACUCCACUGGUUUCCCUGAACUGGAUGAGCUGAUGAGAACUCCUCAACCACUUAUAUUUAUCAUGGAACUUCUACAGGUGGGAGACCCCAUGUCCUACCACCGAGAGUCAUGGAUGAUGGAAAAGGAUGAGAAGCUGCAAGCGGUGCCAGUUCUCCACAUGCAGGGCAAUGCGCUUGUUAAACAGAAGGAGUUCAGAGAGGCGGCCAGCAAGUACAAAGAGGCUGUGCUGCUGCUGAAAACGGUCCAGUCCAGGGAGAAGCCAGGUGAUAUAGACCACGUGAAUUUGGGUCAUAUGAUUAUCCCACUGGAACUGAACUACUGCCAGUGCAUGUUAGAGCUGGGGGAGUAUUACGAGGUUAUAGAGCACACGACAGAACUGCUGGAGAAACACAAAGGCGGCGAUUGGUAAAGGUUUUAUAGUUGGAGCUCACCGCGAUAUUGCAGUGCCAUUCCCAUGGCUCCACGUAUACGUAAUCCUAGAGCUGACAGAGCCUCCACUUCAGAGAUUUAU